UAACACGAGUUCGUCACGAAUGGGUCGAAGUCUCGCUAAGCAAGAUGGCGGACGACUCGGAUGUCGAGACUCCAAGUGAGUGUUCCAUGGACAACCCAAAUGGAAGCAGCUAUGAGUUGGCCUACCAAGAUGACGGUCCGUCUUGCAGGAAGCGAAUGAAACUGAAAGACGACAAGCUGUGUGGAGUUUGUGGGGACAAGGCGCUUGGCUACAACUUCAACGCCAUCACCUGCGAGUCUUGUAAAGCAUUUUUCAGGAGAAAUGCUCUGAAAGACAAGAAAGUGAAGUGCCUUUUUCAAGGAGACUGUGCCAUUGAUGUGAGGACAAGACGGUUCUGUCCAUACUGUCGAUUAAAAAAGUGCUUUGACAUAGGAAUGAAGAGUGACAUGAUAUUAGAUGACAAAGAGAGGAAGGCUCGGAUGGAGAAAGUGGCAGAAAACAGAAUAAAACGGCAGGUAACGCAACAACACACAAUAGUAAAGGACGAGCCGAUUGAUCCAGACUUUGAAGCCAGCGCUGUUGGGUCUUCAAACAUCUACUCCCCACCCACACCUUCUAUGGAGGGUCCUUCAAGUUCAGACAUUCCAUGCUCAAAGAGUGAAUACAUUACCUUUGAUAAAAUUAAUGUUCCCGUGGACAGUUCCGAUCUUCCUUCCGAUGAAACUAUGUAUAGGCAGCUCAGUGAGAAUGAACAGACCCUUGUGACUGAGGUGGGAAUUGCCUACCAGACCACUGUUGGGAGCAUGCACAACAGCAGUGCAGCAUUGCAGGAAGAUAAUUAUCACUCUGUCAAUGACCUCAUCAACCAUUCAGAAGUCGCAGUCCGACGUCUCAUCAAGUUCGUAAAACGUUUGGAAGAUUUUCGACGCCUUAGCCAGGAGGACCAAAUAUCCUCGUUGAAAGGUGCAGUACUCAGUACACUCCUUCUGCGAUCAGCAUCAUUUUACAUUGUUGAAAGGGAUUCAUGGCUGACUACAAAAGGAGAAGUGUCUACAGUGAUACUGAAAAAAGCGACAGGCUUUGUCGAAUUGCAUGACUCUCACAUAAAAUACUGUCGUGCUCUUAAAACGAUCAUGAAGAAUGACUUUUCUUUGUUUGGACUGGCGCUAAUUAUCGUUAUUUUCAAUCCUGAUGGUCCGAAUGUAAAAGAUCAUCAGCUUCUUUCCGAUAUUCAGGACAAGUAUCUGGUGCUGCUGAAGCACUAUCUGGAGUCUGUGUUUUCGUUCACAUACGCUAAAGAGUACCUCGUGGCUAUUACCCAGAAACUGAAUGAGCUCAAGGGAAUAAGUGAUGGGCAUGCCAAAGUCCUCCUGCAGGUGAAUCCUCUGGAAAUAGAACCACUUAUGUUGGAGGUGCUCAACCUUAAGUGAGCGGAAGGACGAAUAGAGCAAUCUUGCCAAGAUUCCGCGUCAACUGUCUAGAUGCACUAGGGUGGGAUCUGUUCAUUUCAUCCUUCAAGGAAUAAGGUUAUGGAGUCAUCAGUGUUGUUGUAAACCAGACCCUAAUCCAUGGAAAUACUCUUGAACCUGACUCAGUUGAGGUUCUCUCUCGGGGGAACCUCUUGUCAUAUGUGCCACAGGAUUUACAAUUCACAAACACAGAUUCUUCCUGAAGUGAGUGUCGAUGGAAUUGUGGUUAACCAGAUGUGGAUGAACUGUGCAUACCCCGUGUCGUCAGUUGUGACUGUCAGCUGUGUAUAUGAUCAUUCGUGACCAACUCGUGUUAUUCCGGGACAAGCCGAAUAGCGACUCGUGCCCCUCACGUAGCCAUCUUUGCGACUGGGUUCCGUCUAAGCGCAAACGGGCAUAUGUAAAAGAAUUGUCAACUCGUCACGUAAUGAUUCUCGUAUAGUUCCCCCAUGUAUCAUAUAUAUUCCAGAUGCCAUUGAAGACACAUUGGGACUUACAUUAUUAUACAGAUUGGUUGAACACAUUUAAAUGUAGCUUGGGUGUAUUUUUAAAUGCAAGGCAUGUAAAAUCAAACAUUACUCCUGAGGGAUUCUUUGGCGGAAGUAAUUGAAGUCAUACUCGCAAUCUGAUUGGUUUGUCGUAUUUUCACAAAUAACACUCAUCGAUAGGGGGACGAGUCUUCUUGCAGGUUACGGAAAGGGGCGAGUGGUGACGAAUGUGUAUAUGAUCUGUGAGCAUCAGAAGUGAGCAUCAGCUGUGUCAAGGUUAUAAUCAUCUUGGAAUGUGUUAAAACUCACCAGAAGAAAGAGUUGUUAAUACAUCACGCAGAUUAGUUCUGAAUAACUUGAGGAUUUUUGGAUGUUCACCCUGACUUUUUGCAGGAGAAUAAUCAGUGCAAAUUUCUUUUGGAAAAUAUUAUUGACAUUUUAUGGAGUUACAGACUUUCGAUACUUUCAUGAUGAGAAUCACACACCGGGGUCAUAUGUCAAUUGUUUAUAAUCAGUGUUUGAACUCUUGACGUGUGAUCACUGCAUGUUGAUGUACUGACAUUGUUGGAUUUUGUGUUUUACGAGAGAAUAUUUUUGCAGUCAGAUGGUCAUGGCUGAAGAAGUAGUUGAAGUAUGAGUGGCAAAACUUGUUGUGGAUCUGUGAUGAAGAGAGGUGCCUUAAUCCUCACCAGGGGCUGUUAUUAUUUAAUCUUAGUCUUGUUUUGUUGUUUCUGUGUGAAUGUUGACUCUCAGUGGUCUUUGUUGCUCUGUGGUAAGAAGCAAAUGAUAUACUACUCAAAAGAAAUUAAAGAACACUUUUGGCCGGUUAACUAUAGUAAUAUGUAAGAAUCAGGUGUUAUUUAACUUCAUUUGAGUAAUUUAUGUCACAAGAAUCAUUGUCAAAUCUUAAUUGUAGAUUUGAUUUUCAUGUGGACGUUUAACUGAACGCUCCUUUCAAUUCUACACUGGGUACAGUGUGUAAAACACAGUUAUGAUGUCCCUUGAUUUUACUCAAAUAUUGCUAAAGGCAUUGUGAUGCCACACUCAGCCACAGGUUAAAAACUGCUGAUUAUUGAGCUCUGAUUUAUUUAAGGCUAAGAAUAUCUAGUCUCCUAUCUGCCCCUACCUGCCUAAGGUACUUACUAGGGCUGGGACGAGUCCAAAUUUACUACCCUGGUACCUACCCCCCAUUUUCCAACCCUACCCAGGUACCCGCUGUAGGUCUCAAGAGACAGGUACAAACUGUCUGAAUGGGAAAAGUUUGACCAUAAUCCUAUUAAAAUGUAUUUAGGUACACAUAUAAAAGGAUUUGGUCAUGCAUACACUGAAGUUGACUGAAAUUUUAUCUUUAUUCAAACAUAUGAGUCAGAAGGAAUGGGUGCAUAGUCAGAAAGAAAUGUGAACAUUAGUGACUUGUAGUGUAACGAUAGAGUUU